AUGACGGCACAAGCAGAAAGUCUGUUCAACAGUCUAGGGGCCCAUUAUGAGGCCGCUUUUGGGAUGGACCGGGAGUUGCAGAGCUUUAUUAGGCUUGUGGCCAAAACCAUUCCUCCUCGAAGCAGAACACUAGAUGUGGGAUGUGGAACAGGCAAACCGGUGUCUGAGAUACUUGCGUCUGCCGGUCAUGAAGUUCACGGGAUUGAUAUAUCGGAGGAGAUGGUGAAAAUCACCAAGUCUCAAGUUCCGGGCGAAUUUCAAGUGGGUGAUAUGAAGACGUAUCAGCCGUCGACAUUGUUUGAUGCAGUCUUUGCAAUCCGUUCUUUGUUCCAAAUGUCGGCUUGUGAUAUGUGUUCGAUGGUUAUGCGAUUUUCUCAGUGGAUCAAGGUCGGGGGAUAUGUGGUUCUGGGAGUGACUCCCAGUACCUCUCUGGCUCCGAAAAACACGACGUAUGAUCCUACAUGGGACUGUACUUGGAUGCUAGAUAAACUGUGGAUGGGGAAUCAUGUCGAUGAUUUAUUCCUAUCCGAGGAGCGUUGGUGUCAACUCCUCCGAGAAUCCGGCUUUAUCGUCGAAAUAGAGCCAGUUUCUUACCUCUUCUCUCCGGCCAGCCAGGAACAUGCUCCUGAAGCCCACUACAUCGUGCUGGCGAAAAAGGUCGAGCCGGAGCCGCUUUUGGGACCAUAUCCCUUACCUAGAUGUCUUAAACCGUUGGAAUUUCAGGACCGUGAAGACUUCUUUGCUGAUCGUCUGGUGAGCAAAGAUCUGGAGAAACUGGUUGAAGAUAUCGGCGACAGUCCGGAUAUCUUAUGUAUCGGAAAGGACCUACUCAAUGGGCAUUUCCAACGCCGCAAAAGUCGAUUUGUCGACCAUCCGAUUGAGGAUUUACCAUUUGCCCCAAGAACCUUUCAGACGGUGCUUGCAUUAUGGCAGAUGGACUAUGUGUUGAACAUGGAAAGAACCAUCCAGGAAAUAACCCGUGUAGUGGGUGGACCAAGUCCAAAAAUUGUGAUUGUCCAAGGAGGGCCGUAUAACGAGGUGGUGAAACUUCUGACUUCUGUCGCUCGUUCUCUCCCUGUUGGCCAUCAGGGUCAUAUCCUGCACUCGACCAGAAGGUACCUUACGAAAUACGGAUUCGGAAAUAUCACUGUGCACCGUAUCGACGCAAGCUAUGAGUUCCAGGAAGCGAGCCUUCCUGAGCGUUGCGCCGCCGCUGCGGAUUUCCUGACCGGCAUUUGGCAUAGACAGCAUCCGCAACGCGAAAAGAUUAAAGAGGCACUCGUGGAACGGCUGAAGCUUCUUUUCCGAGCCGAUGCCCACUCAGUCUCUCACGGAAUGGUUGCCAUUGUCGCACGCCCAUCUCUGGAUCAAGGUAAUUAG